CUCGUCGCUCAGUCUGCCCCAGCGAGUGAACGGAGGUCCACGCCAGUGUGAGCCCAACAAACUCACCAUGCUCAGCCAACUCUGCCUGCUGGCCGUGCUCGCCGCGGCGCACUGCGACGUGUCCCACCUGCCGUCCCACCAACUGGAGGCGUCCCACCAGUUGGAGUCCCACGAGAGCACGCCGCCGCCGCCGCCGCGCCCCUACGCCUUCUCCUACACGGCGGGGAGGUUCCCGGGACACAGCGACCGCCAUCAUGCUGAAGUCAGCGACGGCAGUGGGGUCGUUAGAGGCACGUACUCCUACGUGGACCCUGGGCACAAGGUGCGCCGCGUGGACUACGUGGCGGACCGCGAGGGCUUCCACCCCGUGCUGAGCCACGCGCCGCCCGAGCACCCUGUGGACAGCGACGCCGUGGCGCAGGCCAAGAUCAGACAUCAUGAGCUGUAUGAGAAGAUUGCCGCGGAGCAUGCGAGCAACCCGCAUCCGCAAGUCCCGCUCCGGCAGUCCGCAGUAGUGCUAGCAGCAACACAGCAGCACGCGUCCUUAUUCCGAGUGAUCGCCGAGCAGCACGCGCGCAUCGCCGCCGAGCGCGAGCUGCUGCAGGCCGAGCAGCAGCUGCAGGAGCUGGGGGAGGAACACUAAAGGGGGGGGGAGAGGGAUAGGGUGGAGAAUGGCUUGGGGAGGAUGGAGAGAUUGAAGAGACAGAGAAAAUGCUACUAUUUCUGCAAUUGGCUUGGCGGAUGGAGAGAUGUGAUGAUGAAAAACGCAACCAUUGCUGCUACUCAAUUUUGAGCGCGAAUUUUCAGAUAGAGAUGUAACAUGCAGCGUUGUUCAAGCACACUACUCAAUUUUAUACUUAUAGGUACCUACUUGUCACAAUUUGUUGUUAUCGUAAUACGAUGUAUUUCAAGAGUCAAAUUCAGAAGUUGAAUAAAAUUGAGGAUUGUCUGGAAAAUGUUUGUAGCUGCGUUCUUUUGCCCUUUUGAAAUUACUGGAUAGUUGACAUGAAAAUAUUCUUCUGUCUCUAAUUAUCUAAAAACUAGUAACUUUUGUGAAUUACUUCACGUGUAUAUGUACUGUAUUUAUAAAAGCUUAGAUAUAUUUGUAUUAUUCAUAUCUUAGUAUUUUAUGUAAGUAUUAGAUUAUUAUACUCGUAUUAUAAUUAGUAAAGAAUAUGUAUGUACAUUUUUAAUAUUACCUAAAGUACCAAACCAUUAUGUACCUAUGUACUUAAUACUCAAAGUUUAAGUUCUCAUGAGAAUGCCAUUGUGUUAUUUAUAAGCUAGUCGAAUGAACCGAUUUUUAUACUUUUUAUACUAAGUGUUACGCAACCUCAAUAAAUACGUAACAUAAACUU